GCAGAACUAUGCAGGGAGGAUUUCCUCCAGCAGGUUGUCAAUGCCAUGUUACAAAGCCCUUGCCGCUGUGAGGGCAAGGCCCUCUUCGUGCUCGGGCCCUCUGCUGCCGGGAAGUCCACUGCGCUAUCUGCAAACCUCCUUGAGGUCCCACCCGGCGCCAUGACAGUGGACGGCUCCGUCAUUCGCGAUACCAGCCAGAGCUGGGACAAGGCUCGAAGCCUGGCAAAAGCCAAAGGCCUAGCAGGGUUUUCCGAUUACUUUGAAGGCUACUUCAAGCCCUCGAUGGACAAGUUGAAGAAGAAGAUCUUGGAUGAUGCCAUCAGGAGAGCUGCCAACCUGAUCAUACCCGAUACGGGUUCAAACUUCGCAGCCACAAAAGCCAAAAUCCAGAGGCUACGAGAAGCAGGCUACCACCUGACCUUCGCUGCCGUGUUUGGCGACGCAGAAGUGCUUCUGAGUCGCGGUAGAGCUAGAGCCACGGAAGAUGGCAAACAGUUCACAGGCAGAAAUUGGCAAAAGUCGGUCCAAGCAAUCCUCGACCUCCAGGAAUAUUUGGAGCUCGAGGGGCUGAUAGUGCAAUCCGGGCCAAUUCUGGUCAUGGAUAAUUCGACCGCUUCCAUGCGCGUCAUGAGCAUUGCUGAAUUGAAGCGCUACCUGGAGAAAGCCCAGGCAGCUCCCGAGAUGCUAACAAGGCGACUUGGCUGCUGCUCAGGAUGUUGGCGCUUCUUCA